GUGACACUGCAGAUUUCUCUUCUGCUCUUGUCUUCCUGUCUGCCGAACACAGGAAGGAAGCGGGCGGCCAGGCAGCUGAACCUCUCGUUUUGUGGGACUCAGCCUCAGCUGCCCAGAGUGGUUAGUGGAGAGAGAGAGCUGGGCUGUCAGGCUGUAGGCACUCUGAGGCACAGAUGCAGUGCCCCCUCUCCUGCAGGGGUCCACUGGGGGUGCUUCCUGCCCUGCUCUGCUGUCUCCUGAGCCCUGGGUUCCCCUGUAGUCAGAGGCAUGCAUUUGAAAUACAAAGACAAACGUGCCAGCCUAGACUAGGAAGGGUCUGCUGAGGGAUCCUAGGCCCCUGCUUUGGAAUAAGUUUCCUUAGCUAGUUGAUUUUUUUUUUACAGAUUUUGAAUAUAAAUUGGUGAAACGUGAUUAAAACUGUUUCUGAUGCUAGGCAGUUGCCACAGGCAUAGAAGGCCUGCUCAGAUUCCUUCCCCAGGAGCGUUCACGGCUUUCUGUUUGACUCGUUGCUAGGUGUUACUGACUAAUGCAACAACACUGACAGUGCUGACCCCGUUCAGAGCUCCUCCUGUGUCCCCAGGCCCCAAGCUCCGAACAUCGCAGUCACUGGCUUUCAUCCUCACAGGCCUUGCCAACUUUGACCCUUUUUUACAAAUGAGGGCACUAAAACGAUUGUCGUCAUGUUUCCAGCUAGUGAGUGGCAGAUCCAGGACCAAACGAGUCCGUCUAGGUGGAAAGCCCGCACCGUCCCUCCACGUUGGGUCAGAACAGCAGACCCAGCAGUGAGCACAUUGGCUCCAGGCGCUGGCAGAGCUCCGGAGGCAGCCAGCUCUGUCAAGAAUUGGGUCACUCGUGCCUGUAGAAGUCCCGUUGGUUUUAGAUUCAGGUCAAGUGCUUAUUUGGGACAUUAGGACAUAGUGGUUGACUUUAAGCUUUUGGAGACACUUGGCUCCCUCAGUGUGGUCCUACAGUAUUUAUUGAAAGGUCUGUUGCUUUUCUGUCCAGUGAUCGGGUUUUCCGUGAGCACGGACAUCUAGGUGUGCAGUAAGGUACACUCCUUUGCAGAACUGCAGGGUGCAGAGGAAUGGCUCGGCCACCGUCACGCUCUGGUUAGGACGCUUGGGAAGCACCGCACGAUGUUUGUCUCUCAUGGUCUCCUUUUGCCUUUCCCCGUGCGCGGGAGACUCUGCUUCUCCCGGUGCCAGAGAGAGGAUGUGUUCUGGCUUCCCUUGCUGGAGAAGGUCUAUGCCAAGGUCUAUGGGUCCUAUGAGCACCUGUGGGCAGGGCAGGUGGCGGAUGCCCUGGUGGACCUAACUGGUGGCCUGGCAGAAAGGUGGAACCUGAAGGAUUUGGCAAGAACCAGUGACCAACAGGACAGGCCUGGGGGAUCAGAACACAGGACUUGUCGGCAGCUGCUCAGCCUGAAGGACCGGUGUCUGAUAAGCUGCUCGGUGCUCAGCCCUAGAGCAGCUGUUUUUUGCCCAGGUGCCAGGGAGCUGGGGGAGUUUCAUGCCUUCAUUGUCUCGGAUCUGCGAGAACUCCAGGGUCGGGCCGGUCAGAGUGUCCUGCUGCUGCGGAUCCAGAACCCCUGGGGCCGGCGGUGCUGGCAGGGGCCCUGGAGAGAGGGGGGCGAAGGGUGGAGCCGAGUGGACCCAGCAGAUGAGGCCGAGCUGCUGUCCCAGCUCCAGGAGGGGGAGUUCUGGGUGGAGGAGGAGGAGUUCCUCCGGGAGUUUGAUGAAGUCACCGUUGGCUACCCCGUCACCGAGGCCGGCCACCUGCAGAGCCUCUACUCAGAGAAGGUACUGUGUCACACUCAGGAGCUGCCCGGGGCCUGGGUCAAGGGGCAGUCGGCAGGAGGCUGCCGGAACAACAGCGGCUUUCCCAGCAACCCCAAGUUCUGGCUGCGGGUCUCAGAGCCGAGUGAGGUGUACGUUGCCGUCCUGCAGAGGCCCAGGAGGCGCACGGCAGACUGGGCAGGCCGGGCCCGGGCUCCGGCAGGGGCCGGCUGUACCUCGUGGAGCCCAGAGAGCUUCCCAGGCAAGGACUACCAGGCUGUGGGACUGCAUAUCUGGAAGGUGGAGAAGCGACGAGUCAGCCUGCCCAGGGUCCUGUCUGCACCGCCUGUGGCUGGCACCGUGUGCCAUGCGUACGACCGGGAGGUCCACCUGCGCUGUGAGCUCUCCUCAGGCUACUACCUGGCUGUCCCCAGCACCUUCCUGAAGGACGUGCCAGGGCAGUUCCUGCUCCGGGUCUUCUCUAGCGGGAGAAUCUCCCUCAGUGCCAUCAAGCCGGCGACAAAGAGCCCUGCCCCUGGGGAGGCCCUGCCCGCUGGGGAGUGGGAGACUGUGCGACUUCAGGGCUCAUGGAGAAUCGGCCAGACGGCAGGGGGCAGCAGGAACUUUGCCUCCUACCCCACCAACCCCUGCUUCCCCUUCUCGGUCUCUGAGGGCACGGGCCCCCGCUGUGUCCGAAUCACUCUACACCAGCACUGCCGGAACAGCAAGUACCACCCCAUCGGCUUCCACAUCUUCCAGGUUCCGGUGGAUGGUGGGAGCCAGGGUGCACCCUCCCUGCUGCUCCAGGAGCCUCUGCUGAGCUGUGUGCCACAUUGCUACGCCCAGGAAGUGAGCCGGCUCUGCCACCUGUCUGUUGGGACCUACAGGAUUGUGCCCUCCACCUACCUGCCAGACACAGAGGGGGACUUCACGGUGACCAUAGCCACCAGGAUAGACAGGCAGUCCAUUCACAGCCAGGAAAUGCUGGGGCAGCUCCUCCAGGAGGCCUCCUUUAUGGCGGUGAUGAAAACCUAACUGGAUGGCCCUGUGUGUCAGCUCGGGUGAUGGGGGCUCCGAGGGGACCCCCGGUGGCCCACGACAUCCUUGCACAGUGCUGCCAGCCUCAGUGCUGCGGCGGCUGGUCCUGAGCUGGGCAGCUGCACCUGCCUGGGGGACCGGGUGAAGAGCCCCCGUCCUGGAGAGGCAGCCCUGGAGUCGAGCAGGUGCUGCAGGAGGGGCAAGAACACCUCAGUGGGGCCUCUUUGUCCCACAGAGCUUCCCAGAGACCCUCCACCUCGUCUCUCCUGGCUCCACAGAGAGGCCUUAGGGCAGGCAAGAGCAUACCUCAAGCAGUCUUGUUUAGAACUAUUUACCUGAGACGUUUCUAGGAUGUAACUUUGUAAAUACGCGGGAGCACUUAGCAGCCUGCACAUGUCUUCUGUCAAGUAGCCGGUGGCUGAAUCAGCUCUCAGUGAGGGAGCGAGAGGGCUCUCCGCCCUGCUGGGUGGGUGCUGCUGAGACUAUGGAUGACCACAGCCUCUGGAAGGGGGACCAGGUGGCCUGUGAGGUGGCAGUGCUGGUUUGGAGGAGGAGCUGGCAGGUAGCGAGCAGAAAAGUUGAGAGAGUUGAGGAGGAGGAGUGGGCGCACAAGGCACGCCCCAGGACAGGAGCAGGAGAGAGCCAGCCCAGAAGCAGAUUGGUGCCUCCCCCCACCCAUGCUGGGCCCACCUCCCCUGGCUGCCUUCCAAUCGUCUGGUACACCCGCCAAAUGGGCUUCCCAGGUAUGGAGAAACCCCUGCGGCCUCGUGCUUCUUUCUGGUAGGAGGUGCCAGAUGCAGUCAUAUGCUCUUGACUUGGAAGGGGAUGUCCCUGUAGGCCUCUGACCCCUGGACUCCUGGACCCCUAACCAUUUCUGAUGCAACAGGCCCCAAUCUUGGCCUGGUUUGUCUCCUGCCACUUCUUGGUCCUCCGACUCAAUCAUCACCACGUCGUCGACGUAAUCUGGGGCGUCUAGCCAGUUGGGUCACUUUAUCCUCUAUUGUGACAGAGGUUCUUGGAAAAAAACUGCCAGUGCCUUUUAUCCGUUCCACA